AUGAACACUCCAAAAGACCAAUAUACAAGUCCUAUUCCUUUAUCAAUUGUUCCUAUCGACAGUGUUGAUGUUGCUGUCCGCGCUAGAGAGUUAAGGCCAAGAAAUAAGCCCCCUAUACUACGUUCUCCAUUCAUCGUACGUGCAGUUGAUAUAACCAAACGUAUAACACGUUCUCAGAAGGACAUAUCUGAUUGGGUUUUCUCUACACAAGCUGCUGAACGCUUUCACAUGGAAAGUUUUUUCCCCAAAUGUGAACUGUUUGGACAUGUACUUGAUUUCUGGAGUCAUCUGUUAAAUUUCGAUGAAGAUUUGCAUUCCAAUUUGUCUCCUCGCAGACUAUUUGCCAAUACCACCUUGACGCUAUUCCUGCCAAUCGUCCGUGAAUUUCGUAUUUUCCUUGUCGUGCUCGACUUUCAUCAACCAGCCUUUUGGAUAAUCGACAACAUCAAAAGAGAUGAAGACACCCACGACACAUAUGGUCUACUACCAGAUAUCAUUAUGAGUGACUAUUUACGGUCUGUUCACCAUCUAAACGCUGAAGCCUUUUCACAUGCUCCAAAACAAAUCCCACAGUUAUCUUGGUCAAUAGUAAACAACAACAGUGACUGUGGUAUUUUUACAAUGCAUCACAUGGAGACAUUCAUGGGUGGAAACAUUAGAGAUUUCAAAACUGGCUUCAAGUCAGAGUCGCUUGCAUAA